UUAUAAUAGUAAAGCAACCAAAAUGAAAUAGACAUUGCACUCGACUCACUUUGCUCGUCCUCUGUUACAUCUCUGAUUCUCUCUCAUACCUCUCUCUCUUCAAAAUUUUCUGACAUUCUUACUAACACCACCGAAAAUGGUAAAAGUUUUGUGGCUUCUUUUAGCCCCAUUUCUCUUCGUUUCAGCUACUGCCAACAUUCAAUCAAAAGUAACCGACAACCCUGCUGAUGAGUUGGUGGCUGUGCUCAACAAAAAUAGAACUGCACACAAGGAGUCAUCCCUCUAUGAUAAUCCAGGCCUGGCGUGCAUUGCUUUGCAGUAUAUAAAAGCAUAUGAAGGCGACUGUAGUGCUGUAGGAGGGACAGAUGCCAAGAAACCUCCUGAUUCUUCAUUUGCAGACACUUUUGCCCCCAACUGUGGUGUUCUUGCGUCAUCCCUCUCUCAAAUUACUGGUCGUUUUCUAGGUUGCCACUCAUCUUAUGUCGAUGCUUCUAAAGCUUUUUCGGAUAUCCUGAUGGAAAACAGCAAAAGCUUAGAUAUUCUAUACAGUAAGAAUCACACCGAAGUUGGGGCUGCUGUGACUGGUACCGAUGGUGGGUCUCCCUAUUUCUGGUGUGUCUUGUUUAGCAAUGGCAAACAUAAUGCAAGCUUUCUUUUUGAGGAUGGUGUGGCUAAAAUAUCAAGGCCUGGAUGUUUUAGCGGCGCUAACGAUGAAUGCAGUGGUGUCGAUGAUUUGCAUCAACCCCAUCGUCUAUGGCCAUAUGCCAUUACAGCUUUGAUUGCAGUGGCUUAUGGGUUUGGUUUAUGAUCUUGUUUAGAAGAAUCCCACUUGUUUUUUUAGGCCUCUUUAAUGUUGUUGUAUUUGGCCUCUGUAAUUU